GUGCGGGCGGGGCUAGGAUGUAGUCGCUGUUGAGUGCAGCAGGAGUCUUUGGUCUGUAGUGCUACGUUAAGGCUAGUGAGUGUGUAGGAGCCCGUCGACCACAACGAAUGUGCAGCGACGGCGAUGGUCAAUGAUCCAUCCGUCGAUGCGGACUGGAAGCAGUGGACGUCUCCCUGUCGUCGCGAGUUGCGGAUCUGCCAAGCCGUCCAUGCCUCGCUCCGCGGCGGGCGGGGAGCUGUGUGCAGGUGGAGCGGUGCAGCAGUACGUCAGCGGCAUCGAUCUUGCAGAAGGGCUUCAAUUUCGUGCCUUCACAAAAAAGCAACAGUUGAAAAGCGUGCCUCGAGGAACAGGGCAUGUUGUCGCCGCAUCCAGCAGCGUGACGCCGAUAACCUCAGUCAGAGGUAGACCGUCUAUCGUUUUAGUCCUCGAGCAUUCAGGAACGCGCUCCCGACCCACGACGACUGUCGGAAUCCGCCGACGACCAACUCCACCAGGGCCUGGACAGCUUCUUGCACCAUCGCAACACGCCUCGAGGACUUGUCCCAGUGGACCAAUUGUGUUAGUGGAAAGAUCGUACCACGUCGGCCGUCUCCGACUCCGAUUAGACCUCUGACUAGACUCUGUGCCCUCACUGAAGCAAUAUUAGAGAACCUGCAUUUCUUGCUUUUAUCCUUCAGAUCCUUCUGACAUAUUGUUGAUUCGCCUCUAACACCCGUUCUCU